CAUUGACUGACGUCACUGUUUUCAAAUUAUAACGAAAAUUCGUUUGCAAACAGUCUGUGAAAGAUUAUUUGUGUGUUUUAUUGCGAUUAUUUAUGUAUUUAUUGUUAAAUAACGAUGGAUAACCCGUUGACGCCUAAGAAGAUACAAAAACUGAUCAAUCUAGCAGAAGGCAGGUCCUAUAACAUUGAAAGAUUGCUGCUUACGGAAGACGAUGUAAAAUUAAUUGCUGCCACUCAGGCGAGUAUGGGUAAUACUCCUAAAUAUGAGUCAUCAUCUGGAAUAAUAGAUCUGGAUCAUGUUGAAGGUUUUGGAGAGUCUUGCAGUAUAGGAAAUAUGUCCCUUAGCAAGUCUACUGCCUUCAACCCCGGCGAGAUGACAGGCCGGUCUACAGGUGCGGACGACGUGCCAUCUAAGUCCACACUUGGUCUGCCCAACUCUGAACAGUAUGGGCGACAUUCCAUCGCUCUGGAUUCCAUCACCAGCAAGAUGGACAAACAGACCAGCGAGAUCAACGACCUCAUGCGCCAUUCUAUUGCUACUAACUACUCUUUCCAUUCAAAACGUGACUUAACAGCUGAUGAGCACUCUCUUAUACAAAGGGAGGCUCCCAUGCCUAUUCUGCAGACUACUCACACUUAUUUUGGAGAUAGUGUUUCAGUAAGCAAUUCAAAUUUAUCGGUAGGAGCUUAUUUUAAGAAUAGAUGCGUUGAUUUUGGCAAGAUUCUUGGUAAAACAGACAGUCCAGAUAAGUCCAGCAUGAUGCCUAGUAUUACGGAAGUGUCGUCAAGCACACAUUACGAUCACGGCAAAGACGCAGAUCUGAUUAAAAUAGAUGAAAUGUUGGAUAGUGUACCCGUGAAACAACCUCGUAACACCGAUACGGGAAACUUCGAAAAACCCAAGUCUACUUUCUUCCUCCAACCUACAAGUACACUGGACAAAACAAACAGAUCUAUAUUCAAAGAACCUAAGUUGAAACCUGUGGAUAAACCCGAAGGUUCAUUAAAUAGGGUUCAGGAAAAACCCAUUCAUGGGAAGAAUUUGAACCCUGCCUCGUAUGCGGCUCAUAAAUCCUUCCUGACGUCUUCAAAGCCAACUGAUGUGCUGCUUAAGAACCUACAAUCCUCAUUCAAACUGGUCUCUGAUGAUACAGAGGAAGGUUCUGUCGAGAAUUCGUUUAGUAUUUCGAAGAUCGCCGAUUAUCUGGGAAAGCAAUCAAACAUCAGUGUAACAGACAUGCUUCAGCUUCAAAAGAGGAAGGUACUUAACAAGCACCCAUUAACCGAAUUACACUUGAAUAACACGCAGAAAGCAGACCAAGUUGUACAUGUCACGAGAUUAAUUGAUACUAAGAAAACGGAUACGGCAAGCUCAGCUGGAACAGUAAACACAGUUAUAUCAAUGGAUAAAUUAAGGCUUGAUGAGAAUAAAAAGAAGCUUGAUGGUAAUAAGAAUGUUCCAGAAGUUGUGGUCACGCAGCAUGUUCAGGAACUAAACGCGGAAGAUAAACGCGCGACGCGAUCUAAGUCGCCGUCGAGUAAGAGCCCCUCUACACUCAGUACAGUUCGCGAUAAUUACGCCAGCUUUAAGUCUGGUGAUAGUCCGGAUUCUAGCAAAGGCGAGGCUAAUAGAUCGAAAGUCCCCUCCCCAAACAUAGCGUAUAAAGAGUUAGAUAAGUCGGUAGAUUGGCAAGAAGUAUUGCAACAAAAGCGAAUCAGGCAGAGGGGCGUAGCUAAAGAACAAUGGGUCGAAAUUAUUACGAAACCGGUCGAGGGAUUUGUGGGAGUAACUGCGGCAGUUACAAUCGCAGUCACAACACUCUCUGAUAGUUGGUUGACGGCUAAAUUCCAGUUCGACAACCUCCCCAAUGAUGGGAAAGACAUCAAUGUCGAGUUGCCUCGGCUACCCCUCCUCCUAUCCCCCGGAAAGACCGAGAAUCUGACCUUCCACCUCACUUCUAACGUCGAAAUGAACACAGUCCUACCUUUCACAUUUUUCGUCAAAGACGCUUCCAUUGACGGCGAUGUUGAACAAAAAGGGGAAUUGCAAGUGGAGUUUAAAAUCCCCGUGAUCCAAGCAAUGUCGGCUGACGGUCUAAACAGACUUACCUACCCUAUUAUAGCUGAAAGAGCAGCCAUUACUAAGUGGUUUGUACUUAUAAGCGACUGUCCGGCUGAUCUGCAGUUGAAAUUGUCCAUAGUAGAAGGAGACAGCAUGUUUAGCAUUAAAAAUGUGCAGGAGGUAAAGAAAAGUGACGUGAAUAAGGUACUGUUGGAACGGCAAAGUUCCGAGGAGACUGGUAAGCCGAAAGCCAAGACAAUGAAUAAGCAGCUCUGUAGACUAGUAAGUGGGAGCGCUAUUAGAGUGGCAAUUACUUUCAAUGCACCGAAGUUAGCUGACCUGAAGAUAUCGGAUCCAACAGCGACUUUCAACGGGGUUCUCCACGUGACUCUGAUAAGUGGAAGUACAGUUUUGAGGAAGGUUGACUUGAUCAGUGUAGUGGGCACUCCGAAACUGGCUAUAAAGUCAUCCGGGACUAUUGUUACUGUCACUAACGAGGCAACACCGAUUGAUGUGACGAACACGGGCGCGGUGGCGGGCAGCUGGUCUGUCAAGUACAAGCCGCAAAACAAUGUCACCUUCCCCUUCAAGAUAACACCCUCCAAGUUUGACUUGGCUGGCGCGGAGACCAAGACUUUGCACAUGGUGUAUGUCGGGCCCGCUGAAGAGGGCGUUGUUCAGUUGCCAAUACGUUUCGAAGAAGUCUCCUCCGGGCAAGGCCCCGAGCUCAUACUAUCCGGCGGAGCCGACAAACCAAAGUCAUUCCCGAUUAAGACCAACCACACUUCACUAUCCUGGGUGCGAGCGGGCAGGAAGGAGGUUUCACUGAAGAAUAUCUUCGACAAGAAGAUUCACGUUCGAUGCCAUAUUGUAGGCGAUGGGUUCACCAUAGACCUGCCAGGUGGUGAGACCAGAGGGGUGUAUGUGCUCUCGUUCAACGCGUGCGAGUGCCGCCCUCUGCCGAUAGUGUUCACGCCUAGCUCCUGCAUUCCGCACUCCGCCACGCUGCAUAUGGCGUAUGAUAGGAACAGCGAGUUUUCUAGGAAGAUAAAGCUGUUCGGCUGUAUGAGCGGCGAGCCGGUCCGCUGGUCGGGGCUGGUGACGUACUCCGACACGGCCGCGCUGGUCCGCGCCGCGGGCCGGGCGCCCGUCGACCUCAAACUACACAACAAGUCUACGAUGCCCGCGUUCAUUGCUGCGCGCGUGCAUUUCAAUUUACAAUACAUGCAAGUGGCGUCGUCGUCCCGGCUGGCGGGCGCGCGGCGCGUGGUGGCGGGGCGCGCGGCGCACGCGCUGUCGCUGCGGCUGGACUGGCCGCGCCUGGAGCGCCGCGCGCGGGCCGCCGCCACCACGGCGCUGGCCACCGUCACCGUGCUCACGGGCGCCGAGGUCACGCGCCGGAGGAUACUCAAGGUGUUGAAGGACGAGUCUAAUGGGAAGCUAGACACUUCGCUACUCCCCGAGCACUUGAGAGUACUUACAGAGGAGUUUGAUGGCGAAGACGACUCGCUGAAUCAUUUCCUCAACGAUUUUAAUGAGACUAAGGCAUCGUUGAAUGAGCUGAUAGGCGGGCUGCAGGAGCUGACGGCGCACAUUGAGCUGCCUCAGGACUUCGCCGAGGAGACCACCAUCGUCAUCAGCGACGACACCGUGCUCGACCACCACACCAUCUGUGAUUAGUAGGUUAAUGACCUUGUCCAGGGUACGCGCGUUUUCCAGUUAAUUAAAUUUAUAUGAAAGAGAUUUUUAGUGUUACUACAAAACAAAGACUAAAAGAUAAACUAUGUUUAAAAUAUAAUCCGUAUACGAAAGAAGUCCCGAACGCCGCGGCGCUACUGUCGCAGAUUCUGCAUAGAAUUAUUAUGACUUGUCAAGUUAGUUUCAUUAAAAUCCGCCGACUUCUUUCGUGGCGCGAAAUACUAUUUUUUUUUUAUUUUAAACCUAGUUUAUUUUUAGUUUGUGUUUUGUAGUAACACUGUUUGUGUUCGUCUAAGGGCGCUUGUUUCCAUAACAUACAUACAUAAACAUAUUCCCGUAAACGCCGAGCAGAACCACUUGAUAUUAGAAGAGGAGACAACUUUUGACACGAAAUCCUAAGAUAUGAUCAACAUUGUUAUGGUGACAGCUGAUCUUUCCAUCGCCCAUUAUAAUGGCUCCUGUAGAGCUAACAUGAGCAUACAUAACAUAAACAACCUAUAUACGUCCCACUGCUGGGCACAGGUCUCUCUUCAAUCAACCGGAGGAGGUAUGGAGUAUACUCCACCACGCUGCUCCAAUGCGGGUUGGUGGAGGUGUUUUUACGGCUAAUAGCCGCGAACAUGCGAAACGUGAUAAAAUUUUGUCACGGUCAUUUUAUCGAUUCUGACGAUAUAAUUAUGUCGUUUUGUCGAUUGGUGCUAAUAUGUGAACCAGUCAUGUCGUUCUGUCAAAAUGAUAAUAAAAUCACGUGACACGCAUGUUAGAGGAAAACCAAACUUAUCGAUUUCGACAACAUUUAUUGAAUCGAUGGAUAAUUUUAUUUUUUAUGCAUGUUAGCCCUGCUGGACGAUUUUACGAUAUAUUUCAACGCGUUGAAAAGUUUUGAUAUGAAAUCACGCGUGACUCGCGCUUUCUGGACAAGGGCUAAUCUCCCAAAUGAAGUUGCCAAUGUAAUUAACUGAUUUUUCCAAGUCAAUUAUUGUAUUAUUUCCAGUAGUCCCCUCUAGCACUGUGCUCUUGGGUGACAAACGAAAAUUCUCUUCCCACUUAUCACCGGGCAGGUGACAAUUGCCACGGUCCAUUAACAAGGAGUUCAUACUACACCUAUUAGAAAAUGCUUUUGUCCUUUUAUGAAAAGAGGGUAGAAAGUACGGCAUUGUCAUACAAAUAAAUGAGAAGAAAAAGAAAAGGUUUUUUUUCUCCCGAGUGAAUGCGGAAAGGAAAGGUGUAUGAAUAUCCAUUACUCUUUCUUUUUUCUUUUUCAAACAUCAAUAGAAGCUUAAUUUAAAAAUACAAAAUAAUUAUCUAAGUUCGCUCAAACCACCUACUCUCAUUGGUAAUCACUUUCAUCCCUUGGUGAACAAUGUACUAUUAUACAGUACUUUUUGCAUGGUACUCGAGCAAACAGACAAGUGCUAAGGCGGAAGAAAAUUCGCAGUUGUCACCCCGAGGGACACCGCUGUAGGGGUCUCCUAGGAAUAAUCCUAAUUAUUAGUAUUAUUAUUUGAGUUUUAAUGUAUUAAGUUAGAUUAGCUUAGUUCCUAGAUUGAUAUAAUAAAUUAUGUAUUAAUACUAUUCGUGAUUUGAUUAUUGAACGGUGUUUGUAUAACAUUACGGUUCUUGCAUGACGGGCAAGAACAAUCCGUCCACUUUAUCAUAGUGCAUCGUAUAGCAUGGAUUAUUUAAAACAAAUAAAAAGCAACUUUAAUUCA